CCGUAAUAUCCUGGCGGCAGAGUGCGUCGCCGUGGCCGGAAAGGCGGGCCGAGACAGGUCGCGGCCGCAUGGAAAGGAGGUCGUGAACGUCGCUUAGAACUGAGCUGCAACGAAGAGGGUGUGAUCUUGCAGUGUAUAUCGAAGCACCAAUGUCGCGUCGUUGAAGUCGGUGGCAGGCGCCUCUGGGCCAGCGACGAAUGGCGCCAUGAUGAUAGCGUUCAGCGUCGCACCCAAGAACCAAGUAGCCACGGUGGCGUAUCCGGAUGACCAAAUCUUCGCGAUGGAUCUUGGGGCGCCGGUGGCCAAGGUGGACUCGCGGACGGAGGCGCCGCGGGGCGACGAUGCGCCACCGAGAUACCUCACGCGCGCCGACGCCUUCACCAGCGUCUUCCAGAGCGUCGUCAAGCCUGCGGCAGCGGCGCCAUCGCCCGCAGCAGCCUCGCCCUAUGCCGAGUCGCUGGUCGUGCACAUCCACCCGAGCCAGAGCGGCAACCCGCUCGUGAAGCUCCUCCACAACGUCAUUCCCGAGGUGAACCCGGACAUCACGUCCGACUACAUGAUGGGCGAAGCGUGCGUCGCGUGCUUCCUCAGCGUGCGCUAUCACAUGCUGCACCCGACGUACCUCAAGUCCAAGCUCGGGCGCGUCAAGCCGGCGCGGGUCCAGGUCGUCGUGUGCCACGUCGAUGUUCCCGACAACGAGUCGGCGCUGAAAGAGAUCAACCGGGAUGCGCUCGCCUGUGGCUUUACGCUGCUCCUGGCCUGGAGCUGGAAAGAGGCGGCGCGGUACAUUGAGACGCUCAAGAGCUACGAGAACCGACCGGCGACGCUCAUCAAGGAGAAAGUCGAGAACGACUACAGCGCGCAGCUAGCCGACGUGCUCACGAGCGUACGGUCGAUCAACAAGACGGACGUUGUCACGCUCUCGAGCAACUUUGGCUCGGUGCAGCGGCUCAUGUGCGCGACGGAGGACGAGCUGGCGCUUUGCCCUGGCAUCGGCGGCAAGAAGGUCCAGAUGCUCCUCGAAGCGUUCAACACGCCCUUUCACGCAACCAGUUGAUAGGACGCCACGCAAUGGUAUUAUAAAAUCACUUUCUCUUUCGCAA